AUGAUGCCGCUCGCGCCGACGCCAAUCGUCCCGGUGCCGUCAAAGCCGAAGAUCGGCUUCAGCAUCGACUCGAUCGUCGGCGGCGGCGGACAGGGUGACCGUGAGGCGGACCGCCUGGACCGGCUAGAGCGAAAUCGAGGGCUACUCGAAAUCGUCGAACGCGACGAUGGCAGCCCGAUGGAGAUAGUCGAGGGCUCGUCAUCGCCGCGGGCGCGCCGGAUGGCCGCAAGAUCACCCGGUGUUCAUUCCGAGGGCUCAGACCGGCCCGUCUCCAGAAGUUCCUCCGUCGAGUCGUAUCCGAACUCGCGACGGACGCCGUCGCAUGCAACCGGAGGCGGUGGGGGUGGUGGCGGCGGUGGUCACCAUCACCAUCAUCAUGGUACCAAUCAUCUCGGCCAUCCACAUCCGCAUCAUCAUCACAAUCUGUCGACGCAUCUGGACUUCCGUGACCUCCGGACGACCGUACACAGUCACAGCGAUGCCUCCAGCCCGAACAACAGUCCUAGCCCGCCGCAUAGGAUAUCGCACGGGGAUUCACCGGUCGGUACGCAUCCCCAACCACCCCCCGGAGUGGUCAGGCCUAGCCCCAACUACCUCGCGCCGCCGCCCAGCGCCGCGACUGCCGCCGCCGUGGCUGCUGAGCAGCUGAAGUCUUUGUACGGUUUACCCGGCCACGGUCCAGCGAACCCGCAGACCGGCCAGAACGAGUAUCACACGCAGCAGCUGGCCCUGGCCGCGAAUUUGGCUGCGGCCCAGCACUUCCAGGCGGCAAAUCUCGCGGUGGCGCUCCAGGCGCAUCACGGCGCAUCACCUCAUGCACCCCCGCACGGACCCUAUCCGCACGGUGGUGCCCCCGGCGGGCCUCAUCCACCGCCUCAUCCCCAUCAACCACCCAGAGAUAGCUACCCCCUGUAUCCUUGGUUGCUCUCAAGGCACGGAAGAAUCUUUCCUCACAGAUUUCCUGGAGGUCCUGAUAUACCCGGCUUCCUGCUUCAACCCUUCAGAAAACCGAAGAGAAUAAGGACAGCCUUCAGUCCGAGCCAACUGCUGAAACUGGAACACGCCUUUGAGAAAAAUCACUACGUCGUCGGCGCGGAGAGGAAGCAGUUGGCGCAGGCGUUGUCGUUGACGGAAACGCAGGUAAAAGUGUGGUUCCAAAAUCGCAGAACGAAGCACAAGCGGAUGCAGCAAGAGGAAGAGGCGAAGGCCCAACAACAAUCGGGUGGCGGAGGUGGAGGCGGCGGCGGCGGCGGCGGCAACGGCAACGCCAACAACAACAGCAACAACAAAAACACUCAUCACGUGAGUAAAUGGCAGCAGGAGACCGGCGACUAUCAUCACGAGGAGGAUGAGGAAGAGGAGCACAUCGACCCGGAAGCCGAAGAGUGCUCGAGCAGUUCCGAAGCGUAGCUAGACGUUCUCUGCCUGGAUUAGGAUCCAGGAUCGAGUCGAGUAUCCUGAGUGGAUUUAAGAGUCCGAUCAAGGUAGGGGCUAGCUGACUUGGAUCUCCUAAAUCGGGUUUCUUCGAGUUCCGGCUGCGUAUCGAGGAAUCGGGGGCUUCACUUCGAACAGAGCUAUCGGUGUUAAUGUUCCGGGGCAAGAGGUUAACAGUAGUGAAUGAAUUCCCACGAGUGGCUCCGUUGAGAUCGCUGCGCGAUCUCGCUUGGGUCACGGCCGAGGCUUUACGAGUAUGAUCUCAAAGAGCGAAAAUCGGCAGUGGAAGGUCUUAGAGAUCGUUUAAAAGCAACGAUACUCAUCCUACUUCGACUGGAGGCUGACCAACGACACGAAUAUAAAAAUGAUUGACAAGAGUCCGCAUCCUGAAGAGCCUUUUUAUCAGCGAAACCGUCGAAUUCUGUUCCGAACUUGCCAAAUUAAUCGACGAGUUAAAUAUGCAGUAUUAUAGUCUCAUCAUCGAUUUUUUUUAAAUUCACAUCUUUUGAUAUGUAAAAAAAUGCGUGAAUUCGUUUGAAGAACAAUGUCAUUCCCAUUCUUUUACGAUCGCUAUUGAACGCUGUAAUUUUACACGUAAUAUGUGAAGAAGUAAAAUCGAUAAUGGAAACCCAGUAUUGCAUGUUUACCGUCAAUAGGCGACGCCAGGAAACAAGAAUGUUUCAUUUUCUUCGUCUUCUUUUCUUUUGUCUUUUCUUUCGAAAUCACGAUAUAGUUCCUCAGCAUCUUCAUUCCGCGUCGUUGUCGAAGGGAACGGUCGCGAACGAUCUGUAAAUAUCCUCGAGAGGAUAAGGCGUUCUCCGGCUAGACUACCUUACAACGAGGCCGGAAAAAACGACGGAGAGAUCGAAGACGUCCAUCGGAAAUCGGCUAAUGGAGGCAUUGUCUGCGAGAGACGAAACUAAAUGGACGCGCUUCCGGCGGAAAGCGGCGGAUGGUGAAUGUAUCGAGAACGAUCGACAUAUCAACUUUCGGCAAAUCAUUUUUUGGCUGGUUAUUCAAACUCCGCAGAUUUUUGUGAAUCUUAGUUUUAGCAGUAAAAUUAAACGAUGAAAUCUUCAAUUUUAUUCCGGAUUUUUCUUUAAUCGAAAUUU